ACAUUCCUAGUGCUUGCUCCAACAUGUGGACGACCCUCGCAGCGUCAUGUCAGCUGUGCGCUCCCCGCUGAGAAGCCGCUCGGCUGGGAAGUUUCUGUAAAGUGAGUCAACACAAGAGAGGAGGACGCCACCCAAGUCAGUCGGUCACAGCAGAAACUGGAUUUCUUGUUGGAGUUCUGCACGCAUUUCACUCGAACUGUCACAACGGGGAUUUUUGCGCUUCCCUAACACCGCCAGGGAUGGUUUGCGUCCUUUUUACGCAGCGUCUUUUUCCUCUUUGGAAUUAACAAGAGGAAAUGAAGGUGACCGUGUGUUUUGGACGGACCCGGGUGGUUGUCCCGUGCGGGGAUGGAAAUAUUAAAGUCACCAGCCUCGUCGAACAAGCGGCCAUGAGGUACAAAAGGGCAAUCGCAAAGGAUCCAAGUUACUGGGUCCAAGUCCACAGAUUGGAACACCGUGAUGGCGGAAUCCUUGACCUGGAUGAUGUCCUCAGUGAUGUGGUGGAUGACAAAGACAGGUUGGUGGCUGUAUAUGAAGAGCAAGAUCCUCACAAUGGAGGUGACGGGACAAGCGCCAGCUCUACAGGCACUCAGAGUCCCGAGCCGUUUGCUGGCGAGCUGAGAUCGACAUCAGCCUUCCAGCCCUACCAAGCCAACAGCGAGAUUGAGGUCACUCCGUCUGCUUUGAGAUCAAACAUGCCUCUCCACGUCCGUCGCAGUAGCGAUCCUUCCCUGGUUGGACUUCCAGCUGGAGAAAUCUUGCUUGGUAAAGAAGAACCAUCCAGGAAGGACCCGAUUCGCUGGUCCACGACUGCUGGCUUCCAAAAAUAUAACCCCAAGCCAAACACCAACACUGGCACCAACAGCCUUGAACGAAAGGGCAGGGGAGGCCAUGCUUAUCGGAGUCUUCCACGAGAUGCAAGUGGCCGCAGCGCUCAGUUUCAAAGAGAGAUGACCAGAUCCUCCCUAAGUGCAAACCACCCAAUGGUGGACCAUUGGCUUGAUCGACAAGAACAGGAGGAAGAGGCGAGACGAACUCAUGAGCAAAGAAAUGAAAGGUUCGAGCCAGUGGGAAGAGCUGACUCCUCAUUGGACCAUUCACCAGUGUUAAGUCUAGAAGCCAUGCUCAAGCCAGUUGAAGUGUCCAAUAAAGGGGGGCCCCUGGGGAUCCACGUGGUGCCAUUCAGUUCACAAGACGUCAGGACCCAAGGCUUGCUAGUCAAGCGCCUGGAGCGUGCCGGCAAAGCAGAGCAGGAACAUCUCUUCCAGGAGAACGAUUGCAUCGUCAGAAUAAACCAAGGAGAUAUACGGAAUCUCCGCUUCGAACAAGCUCAGAACAUUUUCAGGCAGGCCAUGGCUUCCGCCGUCAUCCUUUUUCACGUGGUCCCGGCCGCCAUGAAAAAGCAGUACGAGAUACUGGCGGCCAAGAGUGAACUCAGCUCGCCUCAUUCCAGCAGAGUCCGCUUCAGCCAAGCCUCUCUACAUUCGGGUGACAGGAGCAGCCUCGUCGGCGGGCGAACCGCUAGUCAACAGGGGUCCCUGGCAGGGAGCACUCCAGAGCCAAGACGAAGAUAUGCCACACCAGCACAAUCUUUGGUCUCCAUUACCUCGUCCACCUCCUCCCCCUCCCUGCAGCGGCGAAUAAGCUCAACGCAGUCCAGCAGCUCCUACGCUAAACGCAACGGUCGAAGAUUCACUAUCCAGCUGAAGAAAGGUCCAGAAGGUCUUGGCUUCAGCAUCACCUCCAGAGAUGUUCCCAUUGCUGGCAGUGCCCCCAUUGUUGUUAAAAAUAUUCUGCCUCGUGGAGCCGCCAUCCAAGACGGGAGACUAAAAGCUGGAGACCGUCUCCUGGAGGUCGGUGGAGUCGACUUGAAUGGUAAGACUCAAGAAGAGGUGGUGGCUUUGCUCCGAGCCGCACCUAUGGGCGGGGCAGUGAAUCUGUUGGUGAGUCGCCAGGAGGACCCUCGGCUGCCUCGAGAAGUGCAACUCGGGGAAGACGACCUGGUGUUGACCCCUGACGGUACACGGGAGUUCAUGACCUUUGAGAUCCCACUCAGUGACUCCGGUUCAGCGGGCCUUGGGGUUAGCGUCAAGGGUAACAGAUCCAAGGAGAGUCACGCCGACUUGGGCAUUUUUGUCAAAUCCAUCAUCAAUGGAGGUGCUGCUAGCAAGGACGGGCGUCUGCGUAUAAAUGACCAACUCAUCGCAGUCAAUGGGGAGUCACUGCUUGAGAAUACCAAUCAGGAAGCAAUGGAAACGCUACGCAAAUCCAUGUCAGUCGAAGGCAACAAACGAGGAAUGAUCCAACUCAUUGUAGCCCGGCGGGUGACCCAAAACGCAGAGCAAGGUCCUGGCGGCCCAGCAAUACCGGGCCAUCCUGUCAACCUUCAGAAUAACCAUGAGCGCCGGAUCUCCCAUUCCUUUUAUGAAAGCAUUGAGAACUUUGACAACAUCUCCACACCACUUGCAAAUUCAGUUGGACGCAUUGGUAAAUACCAGCUCUCCCCCACUGUGAACAUGCCCCAAGAUGACAUUGUGUUGAUAGAAGAUGACAGGCCACCCCUGCUUCCAUCCCACUUCUCGGACCAGUCCUCUUCAAGUUCUCACGACGACUUGGGAUUUGUGGGAGAGAACCCGUGGAUCCAUGAGCUGCCCAGUCCGAAUGAAUACUCAUUGAGUCCCGAUGCGGACCCGGAUGGUUCGUUUCAAAGGGAGGGCUUCGCCCGCCAAAGUAUGUCAGAGAAGCGCACCAAGCAGUAUGAAAAUGCUGCUCAGUUGGAGAUCAUCAAGUCACGCAAGUCCAAGAGCAUGGAUCUAGGUUCUUCAGGACAAAAUGUCGGACCCACACUGGGUCUCAAAAUGUCCAGUUCCCUUGAAAGCCUCCACACAGCUCUUGCCGCAGCAACACGGAACAGUGAACUUAACGUCAACAGGCCACGCUCUCGAAUCCUCCGGAGCCGAGGAUGCAAUGAGAGUUUCAGAGCGGCCAUCGACAAGUCGUACGACAAAUCGGUCGUUAAUGUGCCCGAGGACGAAAACAGCAUGGAUAUAUUGGACGAAGACACGGAGGGAAGUUCCCCAUCAGGUCAGGAUUCAAUGUCGGCCAGCGGCGACCUCUUCGUCGGCCCCGGUCUCAAUGGCAACAUCUCCAAAGAAGACGCACCGAGACAUCGGGACAAGGUGGAAAAGAAGAAGCCCGAAGGGGAUAAAGAGAAGGAGAAAGACAAGGACAAGAACAAAGCAAAGAAAAGCAUGCUGAAGGGGCUCGGAGAGAUGUUCAGGUUUGGGAAGCACCGCGGUAACGAACAGCCAGGAGUAGAAAGGAGGGCCUCCAGUAAAUCCAAAGCUGAAGAUGUGCAGGUAUCUGAGGAGGAGACUCAGCGGAUGAGGCUUGAACAAGAGAGAAUACAGGCCAAGAUGCGCGAGCUCAGGGAGAAGCAGGCAAAAGAGCGUGAAUAUGCUGAAAUUCAAGAUAUCAUCGGCCCCUCUGCGUUGAGCUCAGACGAAGAGCACACCUACGCCGGCAUCGGGUCUUGGGACUCGUCGGUGGACAGCAGCAGCAUUGAUCCUUACGGCAGUCAACACCAGUACCAUCUUCCUUUGAGCCCCCAGAGCCCUCCUUCUUCCGCCAGUCUUCCAAAUAACAACCCGCCUCUAGAGGCGCUCUAUGCUCAGGUCAACAAGCCCCGCAAUGGACGCCCUGCAUCUUCAGACGGCAGUCAGACGGCUCCUAGCAACCAUGACCGGAUACAAAGACUGAGGCAUGAGUUCCAGCAGGCAAAGCAGGAUGAUGACGUGGAGAACGAUGAGGAUGCGUACAGCUUGGAUCACUCUCGGCCUAGUAACGGGAUGGAUGUGCAAAGUGGGCGCCAUUCGGUAACCGGUGAGUCUCAAGUCCCAAAGCAGCAUCAAGAGGAUGGUGGCAGUUUCCGACAAGCUCAGAGACAAUACAAUUCUCUGCCACGGCCACGUAAGAAUCCCAGCACCGUGUCCCAAGACGCACGGGACAAGGCCUACACACCAACAGAUGGCUCUCAGAGUGCCAAGGACAACCCACGCCUCUCCGGCAACCACGGCUCACAUAACGGCUACCUGGGAACUUCCAACUUCAACACUCGCGUCCUCUUGGAGACUCAGGAAUUGCUGAGACAGGAGCAGAGGCGUAGAGAGCAGGGGGGCCAUCAGGGUCCUUCCAACAGUAGAGAACCAGUGCAGAAUCCACCUAAAUCCAAAGGUCCCUACCGACAGGACGUCCCCCCGUCUCCAUCUCAGCUUGCCAAGCUUAGUCGGCUUCAUCAGGGCUCAGACAAAGGGAGGCAGUUUUAUUCCUGAAGCUAACAAAUAAAGUUAGGACUGAUUUUAUAGAACAUUCAUUUAAAAAAAAAAAAAAGCGAGCAAGGAGUCCAAAUGCUGUGAUUAAAAAGAAUUUCCUUAAGUAUUUAUAUUUUUUUGUAAAAAAAUAUUUUCUUAUCGAGUAUGUAUAUACAGUUAAGUGCCUUUUUCCCCGGACUAGCUAUGAUUUUUUUAAUUCUGAGGAGAAGCACCAAAACAUUUUGGGAUUUUUGUAUAGCAACCUAAAAGACUUUGCCAUUUUGGGGUAACUGUUGAUAUUCUUGACAGUGUUGGUGUAACCUGAGGAGUCCCUUUGUGCACCGUGCAUAAACUAAAAGUUCUUCUCAUCUUGCUUUACUUUCUUGAUUUUCUCUUUACAUUCACUCCUCAACUAAAUUAAGAAAAAAAAAAACUGCUUUAGAAGUAUAUUAUUCCAACCCUGUGUGGAAUAUCCAGGGAUUCCGGCUUUCUAAAUUGGGUCAGGGUUAUUAAUUAAUGUACCUCAUUAAAAAUGAAUGCAGCCCUUUUGUGUUCACUUUUUGUUGUCAUGUGUUGCGAGGAGCAAGAAACGGCAACCUUGCUGGCAAGGUUUCGGCCCCGGCCUUGUCCGGAACGAUUGGGAUGUAAGUGAAGCCUGCUGGCCCUGAGGUGUCAGAGCUAUUCCUUGCUGAAUAUUUUAUCAGGGCGGUCACAUGGGAAGCUCUCCAGUGGGUGGCCCUGUUCUGUCUAUUUUAUCGGCUAAAUACAACAGAGCUGAUUUGAUUUCCCCUCCAAGAUUAUAUCCGUUAAUGGAACUCCAUUUGUGCUUUUGCUAGUCUGUCAAUAUUUUCUUUUUCUUCUCAUUGUGCGAUUUAAUUAAUAAUCUGGAGAUAUUGUGGGGAUUUUUUUCUUACCAUGUUUUUCUAAAUAUAGGUAUAUCUGCUUUUCACACUUUUGUAUGUGAAUGCAUUUUGUUGUUAUUGUAGUCAUUCAUUUAAAAAAAAAAAACAUUCUCAUUCAAUUUAAUUUGAAGUCAGGGGUGGCAAUUUGUCAUCUAUGCUUCUACAAGUCUUCCUUGAAGUACAAUUCUGAUCUUUCCUUAUGUCAAUGCAUACUUUGAACAUGUCAGUCUUUGUAAUUACUGCCACUUACCAAACGUACAAUAUGUCACUGAAUAUAUCUUGGCAUCCUUGCCGUAUGAAGCUUUUGGCUCCAGAGUUGGAGAAAAGCAGAAGAGUAGGAGGCGAACAAGACGGGGAGCUCUGACCUUGUCAGUGAUUCAGUCAGAGGAGUAAUCGCAAGUAUUCCUCUGAGUUUUUGUUUAAAACUCAAGGUUACCAUUUUCCAUUCCAUUCCUUUUUCAUUUGUCUCUCUGAAUGCGUGUGGUUAAAUGUGAGCAUGUGUUGCGUAACACAUUAAGGGCUGUAAAUGUACCACAAUAUCCUUGUAUGCAAAUACUCUGUUAUGUGUUUAUUGUUUGCCUCUGUAAUAUUAUUCGGGGCAUUUUUUUUCCCCCAUCCAGUGCAAAAUAUAUUGUCUUCAUGAUCAUCCGAUAUUGUAUUUUAUUAUACACACAUGGUUGUAUGAUGUAAGCAUAAUAUCAUCAGUUUUAUAAGAGAAUACGAGUAAAAACAGACUCUGUUCUUUUGCGUACAUGCAAUAAAACAUUUUUUCGAACAAAGGCA